CUCCGUUUAGAGUCAAACUUACACCUGAUAUAAACUCACUCUUCACCAUCAUCUCGCCCUUUACUCCAAUCGCUUACGCCCACCAAUGGCGGAUCCCAGGCAAAAUACGGAGAUCUCAUUCGCCGGAACUUUCGCCAGCAGCGCUUUCGCCGCUUGUUUCGCCGAGUUGUGUACAAUUCCUUUAGACACAGCUAAAGUUAGGCUUCAGCUCCAAAAGAAAACAAAUGUAGAGGAGGGGGCAGGCGUUCCUAAAUACAGGGGUAUGCUGGGUACUGUUGCUACUAUUGCCAGGGAAGAAGGUUUAGUAGCGCUUUGGAAGGGCGUCGUACCUGGAUUGCAUCGUCAAUUUUUGUAUGGUGGCUUAAGGAUUGCACUAUAUGAGCCUGUCAAGGCCUUUUUAGUUGGCAGUGAGUACAUUGGGGACGUUUCUUUAUUCCAGAAGAUACUUGCUGCUAUGAUUACCGGUGCUCUUGCAAUUGCAGUGGCUAAUCCAACUGAUCUUGUAAAAGUUCGACUUCAAGCUGAAGGCAAUCUGCUGCCUGGAGUGCCUAAGCGUUACUCUGGAGCCUUGAAUGCUUAUUACACCAUAUUCAAACAGGAAGGACUGGCAGCUUUGUGGACGGGGCUCGGGCCUAAUAUUGCACGCAAUACUAUUAUAAAUGCUGCAGAACUAGCAAGUUAUGACCAAGUGAAACAGACACUUCUGCAGAUUCCUGGUUUCACAGACAGUGCUUUUACACAUCUCCUAGCUGGUUUAGGGGCCGGGUUAUUUGCAGUUUGUAUCGGUUCUCCUGUUGAUGUGGUUAAAUCCAGAAUGAUGGGAGAUUCUAUCUACAAAAGCACCUUAGACUGUUUCAUCAGAACUUUGAAGACCGAGGGACCCUUAGCCUUCUACAAAGGAUUCAUCCCAAAUUUUAGCCGGAUUGGAAUUUGGAAUGUUAUCAUGUUCCUGACUCUGGAGCAAGCCAAGAAAUUCUUUGUAAUAGCAGUUUAGAUGGAACCACAUAAAUUAUCAAAUUUGGCAAUGGGGGUGCAGCUUUUGAUUGCCAUAUGCCUUCUCAUCUCUCAAACAUUUUCAUAGGAGCGGUACAAGUUCCCUUCUUCCAUUAGGCUUUCCAUUUCAAAUCCAAUAGUAACAAGAAAUUCAGGUCUUCGAACUUACGAAACAGACCUAAAGCUUGAUAUAUUCAAAGGUUGCAGUGGAGCACACCCCCUUGUGUUGUACGAGCUGUUUUCAUCUCGGGUUAUAUCUAAUGGAAUCUACCAUAAUAAGCAGAAAUGCUAUUCCUGUUUAAAAUGGGUGAGUUAGAAAGUCAUUUGCGAGCAUACAAAGUUAUACGGCAGGUGACAAAAAGUCGGUUACAGGGGUUAAAUUAUUGAUCUACAUUCUACAUUGGUGGAUUCAAUAUAUGUUUAUUUGUAACAAUACAUUAGACGGAGUAAUAUUUCAUGAGCAAUGAUGUAAUUCCUCCAUUGAAAUUCUACUUGAUCUCAAAUCCAUGAUGUAGAAUAAUGCUUGAGAACACUGUACUGAAUCUCCAUUGAACUUCAAUUCAUAUGGUAUAGUUCAACUGCCCAGUA